AUGAUGUCCCACACUAUCAUUCCAAUUAUUGGUGACGGAGCUUGCCUGUUUAGGGCAAUAUCUUUUGUGUUAUAUGACACUCAAGAUAAGGCCCAAGAAGUACGUAAAAAGAUAGUAACCCAUGUGAUAAAUAAUUGGGAAGAUUAUUCAAUAAUGUCACAUGAUAGUGAUGGAAAUAAUUAUCGUAGUUCUGCUGACUACUUUAGUGAUAUGUUAAAAUUUAAUACUUAUGGAGGUUUAUGUGAGCUGGUGGCAGCCGGACAAUUAUUUUUGGUAUUUAUUGAGGUGUACCUCAAUGGUGAACUGUAUGAAAAAUUUGGUUCAGAAAGGAACCCCGUAAAGAGAUUUCGUUUUAGUUCUAUGCAAAACAUAUCUAAUGGGCAUUUUGAUGUUUAUUUACCAUAUGAAGAUGAAUUGACUAACUCUGUAUCUGAUGAGUUUGAUAACAUACCCAGCUCUCAGAAGCAUACUAAAAAAAGACGGAAGAGAUUUACAAAUAAUAUCAGAAAAAAACAGCUUAUACAAUCUGCUACUAAAUAUCAGCUCAAAAAUAAAGAAGUUCAUAAAGUAGCAGCAGCCAAGUAUAAAAAAAAAAUCCAGAAGUAA